AACAAAUUACGUUUUUGGAAAAAGUUACGAAGGGAGUAAAUCGUCAGAAACGCCGGGCGCCGCUUUGGAAGACCCGGGUUCAUCCACAGAGGAUUGCGAUCGGAUCGAAGACCUCGAGGUUCGCCUACCAGAGCGAAUUGAAGAUUGUAGAGACGAAAAUGUACGAACCAGUAUCGGACGGUUGCGUCACAAUCAUCAAUUCAAAGUACGGAAACAAAAUAACGUACGAUCAGAGCGACGCCGAAGAAGACUGCACUAACUCUUCACAUGAAGAUUGCGGCAAAAGUGACAGUCAGCAACCACCAUCGGAAAAGUCUCCGCGACGCAAUAGAUUACCAUCUACUCUCGAUUGCAUUGUACUCAACCGUAGAAAUUGUGACAAAAUGCGAACCGGAAGUGGCGAUAAUUACAUCGAUGUUGACCAUAUAACAUUAGAAUCGGAACGAAAUUAUAAAAAUCGGUUUCAUUCCAUUGGAGUGCAAACUUCGCAAUUACUUCCUUAUAGACUGCGCUUGUUACCAAAAUUUUCGGCAGAUAUUAAGUGCGAUCCUUCGGGUAGCUGUUCGUUUAAAAGUAAAUUGUGCUGCUGGGGAAAAACAUUAAGCCAGUGGAUUUUUUCGCAAAUCGGAUUAACGCUUAUUUUACUUAAUUGGGCCCUUUUAGGGGCUGCCGCUUUUUAUCACACUGAAGGUCCUAGGGAAGAACAGCAAACAGAAGACUUACAAUCCGUCCAAAAGGAACUCUCAAUCGAUCUGGCGACAGAACUUCGCCAAGUUUCUCAACACACCGAAGUGUGGCCUCAAACAGUGCAAAAAUUUAUGGCGCGUUAUGAAGGUCUGCUCCUAAAUGCGGUUAGUUCCGGCUUCGGCGAGGGGGGUGCCGGUUUUAUAUGGACGUACCCAGGUUGCAUUUUAUUCGCCGUGUCCCUGUUAACCACAUUGGGUUUUGGAGCCCCAGUACCUCGUACGCCGUUGGGACGUGGUGCAGCGGUUCUAUUUGCCGCGAUUGGAAUUCCUCUACACUUCCUCCUCAUUUUGAACAUGGGAAAUCUAGCGGCUGGAAAAUUACAAGUUCUUGUCAAACAUUACAGCGAAUCAAACGAAUCGUGUAAAUGGCUGAAUGGGUUAAUAAAAUGGUUUCCUUUAGUAUCGAUACUAUUUUAUUAUACAUUAGGUGCAAUAUUAUUUGGAUUUGCUAGGCAAAGAAGUGUUGUAGAUAGUUUGUUGUUCCCAUUAGAUUUUACACCUGCUGGUGGCGUCGCGAAAACGUCAGGUCUAGUAAGGGUAUUUUAUGCUUUGUAUUUAGAAGUUGCAGUUGUACUAGCCGCCACAAUCGUUUCAAUCAUUCAAACAUCUGCCACUAGAGGCGUUGUAGACUUAGGAUUAAAAUUAGGAUUGUUGACAAAUACUUAAAAUGUGCCUUAGGUUUUGAAACAUAAUA